AUGAGUUCUUGGCCAAGUGCUGCUGAGAUGGGAACCAACGGUGAACUAGAUGUGGAAAAAACCAUUGAAGCUAUGGAGAAAAGCUUCGAAAAUCUGGAGUGCAUAAAUAAGGUGAACAUAAACUCCAUAAAAAAGUUAACUGAUGAAUAUGAUAUACUCUCUCAAUCUUACAAUGAAGAUUUCGAAACGCUUACUUAUAAUGCUACAGAAGAGGUCAAGAAGCUGUCAGAGAACAAAUAUACCGAAGAAAGUAUAAGAAAAUUGGCAGAAGAUCGUAAGAAACAUGAGGAGAACUUGGAAAGAAGAAUAUCUGAGAUUCGAAAAGAACUUGAUGCAGCAGAGCAAGAAUCGUCUAAGCUACAUAAACAAGCUUUAGAUAGUAUAAAGCAAAUUAAAGAAAGCCAGGUGAUAGAAGCUCUUAGCAAAAUUAAGGACCUAGGUGAAGAUUGUUACUAUCUAAAAGAUCUGAACGAAACUCUGAAACUGAAAGAAGGUAAAAGUAUGGAGGCGCUGAAUAAAGCUCAUAAGGCCAUAUUGGAAGACGCAAUUGUUGACCCUCACAGUCGUAGAUCUUUUAAUCGCUAUAUCGGUGAGCUGUAUUCUGCGCCAUUCAUGGAUGCUAUGCGGAAAAUAUAUAAUUGUGGAAAAAAAGAAGCAUUUUACUUGGCUAGACCAAUUUACCAAGUUUGGGAGAAAUACCUUCAAGAUCCUGAUUGGCGCCCGUUAAAAGUAGUUCAUGUUGACGGACAACCUAAGGAAAUAAUAGACGAGGACGAUCCAAAGUUGAAAAACUUAAAGAUUGAAUAUGGCGAAUCGGUGCAUGAAGCUGUGACCGAAGCUUUAACCGAGAGAAUGCAGUACAAUCCCGUAGAAAGACGCGGUGUAGAACUUCUUUGGGACCAUGAGCAGAAUAGACCUGCUACGGUAGGUGAGGCAGUUGCGCAUCUAGUGCAACUACUGCAAGAUUAUUGGGAAGAAUAA